CCUUACAACAUGUUUCUCUGAUGGAGAGAAAAACGGAGGAGAUGCUGCUGCUGAAAGCGUCCAUCUCUCCGGUGUUUUCAUGGAUUCUCUCGGCUCUGGGAUAAUUUAACAAAUGCAAGACCUAUUUUACUCUUGGAAGCCGUUACAAGACUUGGAAACAGAGGCUGGUGUGCUGGAUGCGAGUCGAUCAGAAGCGGGUCGCAUUCCUUCGAGUAUUAUCCGGAAGAAUCAGCGCGAGCGUUUGUUUUCAUUUAGAUUUCGAGCGAUCCUGAUGCUGGAUGCUGUUCUGAGCGAAGUGCGGGAGUAAACGACGCAAAGACGCGUAGAAGAGGCCCGUGUCCUGCUUUAUAUCGAUAUCCGUCAUUCUCCACCACUGAAGCAUGGACAGAUUAGAGGAACUUGUAAACCAGUGGAUUUGGCGGCAGGAUUUCUGGCUUCCUCCUGGCGUCACAUGGAAAGACCUCGCUGAAGGGACGGUGGACGGAGGUCGGCACCCCGUACCGCGCGACCUGCUCAUCUCCCUGCCCUUGGCCCUGGGUUUCAUCGCACUGCGGUUCGUUUUCGAAAGGGUUGUGGCGCUGCCGCUCAGCCGGCGGUUGGGCGUCCAGGACAGGGUUCGGGUGCGUGUCACACCCGUCCUGAAGCUGGAGGCGUUUUACCUGCAGAAGAAGCAGCAGCCGUCACAGAGUGAUUUGCUGGUUCUGGAGAAGCACUGUGGACUCUCUCAGCGUCAGAUCCAGACCUGGCUGCGUCAGCGCCGAAACCAGGACCGGCCCGGAAACACCAGGAAGUUCUGUGAAGCCUCGUGGAGGUUUGUGUUUUAUCUCAUGGCGUUCUCAGCUGGUCUCGUCUCGCUCAUUAAUACUCCGUGGUUUUGGGAUCACCGGGAAUGCUGGCGCGGAUACCCGAGACAGGCCGUAGCAGAAGCUCAGUACUGGUAUUACAUCGUGGAGUUGUCCUUCUACCUCUCGCUUCUGCUCUGCGUAUCGGUGGACGUAAAGCGCAAAGACUUCCAAGAGCAGAUCAUUCACCACAUCGCCACCAUUUUCCUCAUCGCGUUCUCGUACUGCGCCAACUACGCGCGCGUGGGAACGCUGGUGAUGCUCGUCCACGACUCUUCUGACUUCCUGUUGGAGUCUGCUAAGAUGUUCAAUUAUGCUGGAUGGAGAAAGACCUGUGAUGCCUUGUUUGUCUUUUUCGCCGCCGUAUUCCUGGUAACUCGCCUUGUGGUGUUCCCAUGCAGAAUCGUCUACACAGCUGUGGUGGAUUCGUUGGACGUCUUUCCUCCGUACUCUGGUUAUUAUUUCUUGAACGGCCUGUUGCUGGUUCUUCAAGCCCUGCACAUCUUCUGGGCUUGGCUGAUUCUUCGAAUGGUUCACAAAUUUGUCUUUUUAGGCAAAGUGAGUAUCUUAAGUUGUAAGUUUAUAAAUGAUGUUAUCCCUCAAUUUUCGAACAAACAUGUUUUUAAGGUGGAACGCGAUGAACGGAGCGAUGAAGAGAGUGAGGCUGAUGAAGAGGAAGAAGAAGAUGGAGAAGAAGAUCACAGCUGGGAGCAGAAAAAGGGUGCCCUUAACUCUAAACUGGCGUCGUUGGCCAGUAACUGUGUUCUGAACAAUUUAACGAAUCAGAGGCGAAAAAUUAAUAGCAGAAUGCCGAAAGCCAGAUAGUAAUGCUACUUAAUGUAUUUAAACUUGUUAAAUCAUCUCCAACUUUCUUGGCUUAUCUUGUUUAUCAUGGUCCUACAGUAAUUUCAGACCGCUGAUGUUUUGUUUUCCUGAAAACAUAAUGCAUAGUCAGAAGAUUGCAUUAAAAAAAUAGUUUGUAUUAUUAUAUUACCAUUGGAGUAUAUUGGAAAUAGGUUCAACUUCAAUUCAUUUGUUUAAAAUUAGUAUAAUUAAUUAUAGUGCAUUGGCUGAGUAGCACUUAAACUCAGAUUAAAAAGUUUGCAUAGAUAAAAAUGGUUCAUAAACAGACAUCUUGAGUAUUUAAUUGUUGAAUAAUUCUGCAACUGUUCAUUAUGGAAGAGUGAUAUUUAAAUAAAAAAAAUGAGUCGGCUCUCCUGACUAGAGAGACCCACAACAUUUAGAUGCAUUCUUUUUAAAUACUUUUGUAUUGGUAUAGGUAUUCUUCUAAGUUGUGUGGAAAUGUGUGAAUUUUCUGCAGUGGCUGUUGUUUUCAAAAUUGGCAUUGGUGGACCACUGGGAAAGACUUGCGGUGCCAUCUUGUGUGAAGUGUCCACUUGUCUUAGUGAUUCUGCUACUGAAAGAUUUUGUUGCAAGAAACUACUGGAGUUUGUUAGAUGGCACUUUGGUUGUGCUUUUGGUUGCCUUACCAAAUGAGGAAUCAGAUGAUAUCUCACUGGAGCAUGUGCCUCGAGCCUAUGUAGGCCCCUUGAUUUAUAUAAUCUGCUCCAAGGGCUGAAGGCAAAGUGUUCUUGUUGUUCUAGAUGGUUCUAGAAAGUUUAUUGGCACAGUAGCCAUAACUGACCUUUCGUUCCAAAGCUGUGCAUCUGUCUUUCACUGUUUAAAUGGUUUUUUUUUUUUAAACCUGUGAUUGUUUUUGUAUUAAUUUUCCUCUUUUUUUUAUUGGGAUUUACCAUGUUCUGAGUUUGUUAAUGCAACAUUUUGUCAGAAGACAGAAGAGGGAUAUAUUCUUAGAAUCUUAAAUACUGUUAAUGUUGCAUACUUGCUUCUCAUUCGACAUUUUUCUCUGUGACCUUUUGAAUAACAAUAAAAAAGUUUUAGAAUAUGAUUAUCCUCAACGUUGCUGAACAAAAUGUUCCUGCAUUGGUUUAAUACUUGUCCUCUGACUUAAAGAAGGAAUAGUGUUGACAUUAUGGCUUUAGAAAGGAUUGACAUGCAUUGUGAUACAACCUCUUAUGGGGGCAG